UUUCCAUUGGGCAACACUAUUUUGUCUGUGUUUUUCUCGUGCUGUGUUAUCCUGGCAUUUUCUUCAAUUUCCCAGUAAUAAUGUCCUCAAUGAGGCUAUUGUGUGCCUCCAGAGUGGUUAGGCAAGUGUUCUCCAGCUCCAGAAUUCACAACCACACCGGAAGAAUCUUUCAAAUCAGCAGAAAUCGGAAUCCUACCUGGACAAGAUGCAUGAGUACCGUAAAAGCAGAGGAGAGCUAUCACUCUAUCAUACGGGACAGCGAGAAAGCCACUGGGAAUGUUAAUAAGCACGAAUUUCAAGCUGAAACUCGAAUGUUGCUGGACAUUGUGGCAAGAUCGCUGUAUUCGGAGAAGGAAGUGUUCGUCAGGGAGUUGAUUUCCAAUGCCAGUGAUGCUCUGGAAAAAUUCAGGUAUACUAUCCAUACAGCUGGGGAGAAGGAGAAAGACUAUCUUGAGGUUGACAGGGCUCUAGAGAUCCACAUUGGAACAGAUAAGCAGGCUAGAACUUUGACAAUUCAGGAUACUGGAAUUGGGAUGACACAGGAAGAAUUAAUAGCCAAUUUGGGGACAAUUGCGAGGUCUGGGUCAAAGAGGUUCCUGGAGGAGAUCAAAGAAAAAGGUCAGAAUGCUGAGAAUUCAUCAAAUAUUAUCGGGCAGUUUGGGGUUGGCUUCUAUUCGGCUUUUAUGGUGGCAGACAAGGUUGAGGUCUUUACGAGAUCUUCCUUGUCGAAUUCCGUGGGUUUGUGCUGGAGUUCAGAUGGAUCAGGGACUUUUGACAUCCAGGAAGCUGAGGGAGUGGCUGUUGGGACUAAGAUUGUAAUACAUUUGAAGCCAGAUUGUAGAGAAUAUUCCGAUGAAGAUAGAAUCCGGGAGGUUAUCAAGAAGUACAGUAACUUUGUGGGCAGUGCGAUCUACUUAAAUGGGCAGAGAGCCAACAAUAUUCAGCCCGUGUGGCUUCUAGAUCCGAAGGAUGUCAAGAGGGAGCAACAUAAUGAAUUCUAUCGGUUUGUUGGGAAUACCUUUGACGCUCCUAGAUUUAUUUUGCACUACAAAACGGAUGUUCCAUUGAGUAUCCGGGCUCUUCUGUACUUCCCCGAAGGGAAGCCUGGCCUGUUUGAUCUCUCCCGAGAUGGAGACGUCGGUGUUGCUCUUUACACCAGGAAAAUCCUCAUUCAAUCCAAGACAGACAAUCUUCUGCCCAAGUGGCUGAGAUUUGUCAAAGGUGUCGUUGAUUCCGAGGACAUUCCGCUAAAUCUGAGUCGAGAACUGCUGCAGAAUAGCUCCCUGAUCAGGAAACUCCGCAACGUUCUGACAAAUCGAGUCCUGAGAUUCCUCCAGGAGCGCGCUCAAAAGGAACCCGAGGAAUACAAAAAGUUCUACCAAGACUAUGGGCUCUUCCUCAAGGAAGGCAUCGUGACGAGUGAAGAUCACAAGGAUAAGGAAGAAAUUGCCCGGCUCCUAAGAUUCGAUUCAUCGCAAUGUUCUCAAGGAUCGGAGAGAGUUUCUCUGCCGGAAUAUGUGUCGAGAAAGGGAGAAUCCCAGAAGGAUAUCUACUACUUGGCUGCUCCAAAUCGCACCCUAGCAGAAUCCUCUCCCUACUACGAGGGUCUGAAGAAGCGCCAGGUGGAAGUUCUCUUCUGCUAUGAGCCCUACGAUGAACUGGUUCUGAUGCAGCUGGGAAUGUUCAUGGGAUGCAAUGUAGUUUCCGUUGAAAAGGAAAUGCGACUGGACAAAGCAGCCACUGAAGCCACAGAUCUCGGUGAGGGAAGUCUCCUUCGGACUCAGGCUGAUGAACUAAUCAGUUGGAUCCGGGAGAAACUGGCUGGGAAAGUGGCCAAUGUCAAGCUAACUUCACGCCUCGAUGCUCAUCCCUGCGUCAUCACUGUUGAGGAGAUGGCAGCUGCCAGGCAUUUUAUCCGUACCCAAAGUCAUCAGCUGAAUGAGGAGAAUCGAUUUGCACUCCUCCAGCCUCAGCUGGAAAUCAAUCCACGCCAUGAGAUUGUCAAGAAACUCCACAAACUCAAGGAUUCCGAUCCAGAACUCGCUGGAUUACUGAUAGAGCAGUUAUUUGCCAAUGCAAUGGUAGGAGCUGGACUCGCAGAGGAUCCUCGACUUCUGCUCGUAAGGAUGAAUGAUCUGCUGGCCAGAGCGCUGGAGAAACACUGAGGAACUCCUGGCGAACUGUGAGAGGUAGGACUCGAUUUCCAUUUGUUAAUAAAGGAGAUGAUAG